AAUGGGUUGUUCUUCUUCAAAUGUAAAACUGUCAAUUUAUAAAUUAGAGUGCCGAUGUAAAUAAUCCUGGAAAUGCCCCAAAAGCUGAAGUUAUUUUUAUAUUGGUAUUUUCUUAUAUUAUUUUAAUAGGGAGGACCUGGAUCAGGUAAGGGUACACAAUGUGAAAAGAUGGUUAAAGAUUAUUGCUUUUUGCAUAUAAGUACUGGAGAUUUGUUAAGAGCAGAAAGAUAGAAAGGUAAAUUUUAUACACUAAGUUAGGUGGACCUGAUGCUGAAGAAUUGGAAAAUAUUAUGAGAGAAGGUAAAUUAGUUCCAUCAGAUAUAUUAGUAAAGUUAAUCAAAAAAGUAUAAAGUUUUUUAUAAUUUUGAGGAAAUUGAAUCUUUGGGAAAUACAGGAAGAUAUAUAUUAGAUGGAUUUCCAAGAUCAUAAGAUAAUUGGUAAAGUUGGAAUAAAAUAAUUGGAAAUUCUGUAAAUGCAAGAUUUUUGUUAAUGUUUGAAUGUUCAGAAGCAGUAAUGGAAUAAAGACUUUUAAAGAGAGGAGAAACAUCAGGUCGAGCAGAUGAUAAUGCAGAAACAAUAAAGAAAAGAUUUGCCACUUUUAUGAAUGAAACUCAACCAGUUGUAUAAGAUUUUGAGAAGAAGAAUAUGGUUAUCAAAGUUAGUGCUGAAGCAUCACCAGAUGAAGUUUAUGAAAAUGUGAAAAAAGCAUUAACUAAUAAAGGUGUUUAACCAUAAAAACGACCUGAAGUCUUAUUUGUUUUAGUAAAUAAUAUUUUUAAUUUAAGGGAGGACCUGGUUCAGGCAAAGGAACUUAGUGUGCUCGGAUUUCUAAAGACUUUUAAUAUGUUCAUUUAUCAACAGGAGAUUUACUUAGAGAAGAAUAAAAGAAAGAAGGUCCUCUAUAAGCAGAAUUGAAAUCAAUUAUGGAAGCAGGUAAACUUGUUCCAUCUGAUCUUGUUGUUAAAUUAAUGAAAAAAGUAAUUUAUACAAUUUAAAUAUAAGGAAUUAUUAAGAAGAUAAUUUAGAGGAAAAUAUCUUUUAGAUGGAUUUCCUCGUAAUUAAGAAAAUAUUGAUUCUUGGAAUAAAAUUCUAGCUACUUUAGUGGAUGUAAAUUGUUUGCUUUACUUUGAAUGUUCUGAUGCUGAAAUGACUAAAAGACUUUUGGAGAGAGCUAAAACAUCAGGAAGAGCUGAUGACAAUGAAGAAACAAUAAAAAAAAGAUUAGCUACUUUUCAUUCUGAGACAAAACCUGUUCUUGGAAUAUUUAAAGAUUAAAGUAAAGAAUUCUUAUUAUAUUUUUAGAUAAAUUGAAAGUUAUUAAUUCAGAAUAAUUAGUUGAUGUAGUUUAUUCAAAUGUUAAAAAAGUAUUUAAAACAAGUGGAUUAGCAGUUACAUUAAAUGGUUAAAGACCUGCCAAAGGAAAAUAUGUUAUAGGUAUAAUAGGGGCUCCUGGAACUGGAAAAUAAGUUUAAUCUUAAAGAAUAUCAAAAAGAUUUGGAUUUCAACAUUUAUCAACUAAAUUAAUUAUAAGAGAUGAAAUUAAAAAGAAUACAUAAGAAGCAUAAACAAUAAAAGAUUGUUAAAAAAAUAAUUAACCUAUUCCAGGAAAAGUAGUUGUUAAAUUAAUUCUUGCUGCUAUAAAUUAAUCAAAAGCUAGAAAAUUCAUAAUUGAUGGAUUCCCAAGAAAUGAAGAUAAUUUAAAUGCUUGGUAUUCUUAAACAAAUCAACCUGUUAGACUUAAAUAUAUUAUGUGUUUUGCAUGUUCUUAAGAAGUACUUGAUAAAAGGAUUGCAGCAGAUGUUGGUAAUUAUAAAAUUAAUAAUAAUCUAGCCAAAAAAGACUAAGCAAGUAUUUAAAGGAAAGUUGAAAUAUUAAAUAAUUAAACAAAUUAAAUUAUUUAAAUGUUUAAGAAAGAUGAAAGACUUAUUGAGAUAAAUACAGAACCUACAAUUGAUGAAGUAUUUGCAGAAAUUGAAAAAGUUUUUAUUGCCAAAAAACUUGAUAGAUGAGUC